AUAUAUUGACGUCAUUCAAAACGGAAGUAAUAGAAACAUGUCGUUGCUAUUACAUUUCACCGUAAAACUAAUAUGGCGUCUCAAUCGUAAUAUAAGUUGGAUCCCGGUUUAUCAAACGACUAAAAGCACAAAAAAAAAGAUAAAAAUACACUUCUCCGAGUAAUUAAUACGAGCAUAUACGGUCACAAUGCCAAUUUCAUCAGGUGUAGUGCAACAGCACAAAGCUUCAUGCUGGGAUAGAGUCAAAAUGGGUUUCACCAUGGGUUUUUGUGUUGGUAUGGCCUCUGCUGCAAUUCUUACAGGAUUUUCAGCCGUCAGAUAUAGAUUAAGAGGAAGAGAAUUGAUAACUCAACUUGGUAAAAGUAUGGUUCAGGGUGGUGGUACAUUUGGUGUAUUUAUGGCUAUUGGAAUGGGAAUACGAUGCUAAUACUUUAAAAACUAUAUAAACAGAGCAUCUUUACGUUGCAUAAGCGCAACUACAACAACAUCAUCCAUCGGGUUUGUUUUUCCUGGUAUAUUUAUUCCAAAACUUAAAUGACGGAUUUUGUGAGUCAUGUUAAA